AUGCAGUUAAGUCACAGUCGUAAUCACUCAAGAUAUCCACCAUAUCUUCCAUCUGACCAUAGUGCAAAAUCACAUCCUUAUGGGCCUCUUGGUCUUCUUGAUGUAUAUCAAUAUAAUUUACGACCUACAGUCAAUUUAUUUCCGUGGAUGAGCCCAGUUGAGGAUCAACGAAAAUUUAACGAUUGUACAGCCGAAGCAACCGCUGGCGCAUUAGAAUAUUCACUUAGACGUUAUCAUAAUAUUACGAAAGAUGUUAGUCGUCUAUUUAUCUUUUGGGUUUGUGCCAGGCUUGAGCAUCCUCGUGUAGGACACAUGGAUGACGAGGCAUGGCUACCAGAAGCAAUAUACGGAUUAGUAAAAUACGGUUUUUGUUUUGAAGGCGUUGGGGAACAUAUAGAAGAAAAUUUCGGAGUUAAACCGCUGACCAGAGCAUUUGAUGAAGCUAAAACAAGAACCAUAGUUCCAAUACACAUAGCACCUUAUUUAUAUUGCAUGAAACGUUGUUUGAAUUACGACAGACCAUUUCUUAUUAGCUUCAAUUUAAAAUUAUUACAUAAGCAUGAUAUGAUAAUAAUCAAUCAGGGAAGAGCCAAAGGCCCACCGCUUCCGAUCGACCACACGACAGGAAAACAGCAAGAUCAAUAUCAUGUUGUUCUUGUAAUUGGUUACGAUGAUCAAACUCAACUUUUCUUGGUUCGAAAUUCGUGGGGAAAAGGAUGGGUAUGCUUCUAUCUUGAUUGA